UAAUCUGCAGCAGCGCCUCAGCAGUGCCUCUAACAUGAGACUGCCGCUGCUGGUGUCCGCGGGCGUCCUGCUCCUGGCUUUCCUGCCCUGCCCGCCAUGCAGGGCCCUCCUCAUCCGGGGUCCUGUCCCAGGCGCCCGACAGGCCCCACAACUUCCCCAACCCCUAGAUUUCUUCCAGCCGCCACGGCGGCAGGUCCUUCCAGUUCAGCCGGUCCCGCUCACCACGGGGGAAGAAUACUUCUUCCGCCAAGGUAACCUCAAUGAGAGCCCCGCUGCUCCCCUCUGGUCAGCCUCCUCGCCCCUCGCCCGCCGCAGCAGCAGCCACCUUUCCCCUCACAAGGCAGCCGCCAACUUUUUCCGCGCAUUGAGGCAGCUGCGAUCGCUUCCCCAGCGCCCUCUCAAGAGUCCCGCUGAGCGUCGUGCUAAGAGCGCCCUCAGCGGUCGCCAGGAGGCUCUGGAAAGGGAGGGGCGAUCCAGGGAAACUACCACCUCGCUGGAUCUCACCUUCCACAUCCUCAGAGAAGUUUUGAAAAUGGCCAACGCGGAGAAGUUAGCACAGCAAGCUGAAAGCAACAGGAAACUGAUGGAGAUUGUUGGGAAAUGA